AUGCGGAGCUGGAGGAGAGAGAAAGACAGCUCCCACAUAGACUGUCAUCCCGGACAGCACGGAGCGCAGCAACACCCUGCAUAGCACUCUACAUAGCACCCAGCACGGCACGGGGGACUGCAAUCCCCAUCAUCCAGAGAGCACACCUCCUGUGUGAAGGAGGAGGACCUGCCCUGCCUGCUGGACCACCUGCACCCAUUAUCCGCAUCCUCCAUCCAUCCAGCACCAUGCAGCGAGCCCUGCUCAGAGCCAGCAUGCAGCUUUAAACCCUGUCUGACCGGCCACACACAGCUCUCUGCAGGAGCAGAUCCCAUGCUCCCCCAUAGCUGCCCUCUACAGUAACCCCUACAUCACCCAGCCAGGCAUGAGAAGACAGGAGCCUCCUGCAGCACCCAUCCUGGAGGAUUAGCCACCUGCAUCCCUACAGCAUCAGCAGCACACAAUCCUUCAGUCAAAGAUCGCACCCAGUGGAUUAGCAUAAUGUCACUUUCCGUACGGACCUUCCACUUUUUGGUAUUUCUCCAUCUGGUCUGCACCAUUGAUGUCCCCCUGGAUCUACCUCAACCUCCCACCAUCACUAAUCAGUCUGUGAAGAAUUAUAUUGUGGACCCUCGUGACAACAUUAUCAUUGAAUGUGAGGCAAAGGGGAAUCCAUACCCAACGUUUUCAUGGACACGGAAUGGAAAAUUUUACAAUGUGGCUAAGGACCCCAAAGUUUCUUUCCGCAGACAUGCUGGCACCCUCGUUAUAGACAUUCAUGGAGGAGGGCGUCCUGAGGACUAUGAGGGGGAGUAUCAGUGUUUUGCUCGAAAUGAGCAUGGAGUUGCCCUCUCUAACAAGAUCCUCUUACAAGUUUCUAAAUCCCCUUUGUGGCCCAAAGAAAAACUGGACCCUGUGGUGGUAAAUGAGGGGGGUUCUCUUAUCCUGCAGUGCAACCCUCCGCAUGGACUUCCCCCACCAGUCAUAUUCUGGAUGAGCAGCUCCAUGGAGCCAAUAGCCCAGGAUAAGAGGGUAUCUCAGGGUCUAAAUGGAGAUUUAUAUUUUUCCAAUGUUCUGCGCCAGGACGCGUUGACAGACUACAGCUGCAAUGCACGUUCCCACUUCACACACACAAUUCAACAGAAGAAUGCCUAUAAUCUCAAAGUGCUGACAAAGAAUUCCCGUAAUGACUCCGCCAUUUACUUCUAUACGAACCUCACUAUUAUGUAUCUUGCCCGAGGGGUGCCUGAGCGAACCCCAACCUUCUUACUGCCCACAGGUACCUCCAGCAGUAAGUUGGUCUUACGUGAUGAGGACCUUCUUCUGGAGUGUAUCGCCUCUGGAGUCCCGACACCAGACAUCAUGUGGUAUAAGAAAGGAGGAGAACUUCCCACUCGGAAGCUGAAGUUUGAGAAUUUCAAUAAAACACUUCGAAUUGUGAAGGUAUCCGAAGAGGACUCCGGAGAGUACUUCUGCCAAGCAUCAAACAGGAUGGGCAGUAUCCGACAUACCAUCUCUGUCCGAGUGAAGGCGGCUCCUUACUGGCUGGAUGAACCAAAAAAUUUAAUUCUGGCACCGGGUGAGAAUGGACGUCUGGUGUGUCGUGCUAAUGGCAGUCCCAAACCUACUAUCCAGUGGUUGAUGGAUGGGGAACCCAUUGUAGUUCCUAACCCCAAUUUUGAAGUUGCUGGAGACACCAUCAUCUUCAGAGAGGUACAAAGUGGCAACAGUGCCGUGUUCCAGUGCAACGCUUCCAACGAUCAUGGAUACGUCCUGGCUAAUGCCUUUAUCAGCAUUCUGGAUGUCCCGUCUCGGACACUGGGCCCACGGAAUCAGCUGAUAAGAGUAAUUGAAUACAACAGGACGCAGCUGGAUUGUCCGUUCUUUGGUUCUCCAAUACCCACGCUACGCUGGUUUAAGAAUGGUCAGGGCAGCAAUCUGGAUGGGGGGAAUUACCGUGUUCAUGAGAAUGGGACACUUGAAAUUAACACGGUACGGAAGGAGGAUCAAGGCAAAUACACAUGCGUGGCUACCAAUAUCCUGGGCAAGGCUGACAAUACUGUGCGGUUAGAAGUUAAAGAACCUACUCGUAUUGUGAAGGGACCGGAAGAUCAGAUAGCUAAAAGAGGCUCCACUGUCCGCCUGGACUGCCGAGUGCGGAGUGAUCCCUCACUGAGACUCACUGUAACAUGGAUGAAAGAUGAGGCUCAGCUUUACAUAGGAAGCAGAAUGAAGAAGGAGGAAGAUGCUCUCACUAUAUUUGGUGUUGCAGAAAAGGACCAAGGUGCUUACACGUGUGUGGCUAAAACUGAACUGGACCAGGAUUUUGCAAAAGCCUACCUCACCAUCCUGGAAACCUCCUCUUCCCCUACUAGCAGACUGACCUCCGCACUUAGAGAUAAACCUGACCCUCCCAUGGACCUGGAACUAACGGAUGAGGCAGAGAGGAGCAUACGCCUUACCUGGACACCUGGUGAUGACAACAACAGCCCAAUUACAGGUUUCAUUGUGCAGUUUGAGGAGGACCGGCAUCAACCAGGCACCUGGCAUAAUCUGGCCUCUGUUCCUGGCAAUGUAAACUCUGCGGUUCUCAAUCUCGCUCCGUAUGUCAGCUACAAAUUUCGAGUUCUGGCAUUGAAUGAGCUUGGCAGCAGCACCCCUAGUCCUUCUUCUGAACGUUAUCAGACCAGUGGUGCUCCCCCAGAAAUUAAUCCAAGUGAUGUACGAGGAGUAGGAACUCGCAAAGACAACAUGGAGAUCACAUGGACACCACUGAACGCCACGCAAGUAUAUGGCCCUAACCUACGUUACAAUGUGAAGUGGCGUCAGCGCAAUACAGGAGAACCCUGGAGCAAUGUGACGGUGUGGACUAACAGGCAUGUGGUGUGGAACACCCCGGUCUAUUCGCCGUACGAUAUAAGAGUGCAGGCAGAGAACGAGUAUGGCAGGGCGCCAGAACCAGGCACUGUUAUUGGAUACUCAGGGGAGGACUAUCCUAAGGCUGCACCCACUGACAUUAAGCUGCGAAUCAUGAACAGCACUGCCAUCGCCCUCUCUUGGACACGUGUCGCCCCGGCCUCUAUACAAGGACAGCUCCUGGAAUACAGAGCCUAUUACUGGAGAGAAAGUAGUUUGCUGAGGGGCCACUGGGUCUCCCGCAAGAUGCAGCAACAAAAUUUUAUUGGGGAUCGAGUACGAGGGAUUGUGUCCCAGCUGAUCCCGUACAGCAACUACAAGCUGCAUUUGGUAGCAGUGAAUGGGCGAGGAGACGGCCCCAAGAGCGACAUUAAGGAAUUUACCAUGCCGGAGGGAGUACCUAGUGCACCAAGAAACGUAAGAGUUUAUGAGCCAAACCGUGAAACAGUGGUUCUUGAAUGGGGACACCCGGAACAUCCGAAUGGAAAUCUGACUGCAUUCAACCUCCGCUACCAAGCUUUUAACGGAUCAAGAUCAGCAAAAGCUGUGACAGAAUUAUUGUCACCAAAUCAGACGAAGUAUACCGUACACAGGACAGACUCAGUGUCCAGAUAUCGCUUCUUUCUGAGUGGGCGGACACAGGUUGGUGCCGGUGAGGUCGUGACGACAGAAUCUCCCCUCAAGCAGGACGAAGCUCCACCCACUUCAGUUGCUCCCACUUCUCCUGCACCUGUAACAGAUGCUCCCACGGAGAUUCCAACUACCCCCCCAACUACUACUGUUGCCACUACCACCGUCCCCCCUACAACUAUGAUCACCCCGACAACCGUCCUUACCACCACUGGUAUUGACAGCACGCUGACGAUGGUGACUAGUAUUCAUGAAUUAGCUACCCCUGGACAUGCUGUGUGGAAUGUCACGGCUCUGCCCAACAGCCACUGGGCAAACAUAUCCUGGAUGCAUAACUUAGAGCCGGGGUCUGAGUUUAUGGUUGAGUAUAUUGACAGUAAUGAAAUAGAGACAAGAGUUCCCGUUAAGGCUCACCCCCCCUCCAUCCAGCUGUCUGACUUGGUCCCCGGUAUGACCUACAAGUUACGGGUUUACUCCCGGGAACAUCCCUCAGUCAAAAGUGCUUUCUUGACGUUCGAGACCAGCUCAGCGUACACGAAAAAUCAGGUGGAUAUCGCAACCCAAGGCUGGUUUAUCGGGCUGAUGUGUGCAGUUGCUCUGCUAGUACUUAUCCUGCUGAUUGUGUGCUUUAUCAAGAGGAGCAGAGGAGGCAAAUAUCCAGUGCGAGAGAAGAAGGAAGUUGCACUGGGUCCUGAAGAUCAAAAAGAUGAAGAUGGGUCAUUUGAUUACAGUGAUGAAGAUAACAAGCCUCUUCAGGGUAGCCAGACCUCCCUGGACGGAACUAUAAAACAGCAAGAGAGUGAUGACAGCCUUGUGGAUUAUGGGGAGGGGGGAGAAGGGCAAUUUAAUGAAGAUGGCUCUUUUAUAGGGCAGUACACUGUGAAAAAAGACAAAGAUGAGACAGAAGGAAAUGAGAGUUCAGAAGCCACCUCGCCAGUUAAUGCCAUCUAUUCCCUGGCAUAGGACACUGCCAAUCCCCUCCCCUCAUCCCCUUAUCAACACUUCUGUGUCCUAGCCUCUCUAAUACGUGCUGGGAGCCCAAAUGCUUCCCUCACCCACCCUGCAAGGUUCAAGUGGGACACAUACACUUUAACAACCAUAGCCUCAUGCUGGUGAUACCGUGGCUCACAGCAAAGACAGUGUGACAUUCAAACGGCAUGGAAGAUGAGCCAGUUAUUUUCUCUCUUUUUGCACCUACUGAAAAUCUUGUACCAGCUGCACUACCAGAUGGGGCAUUUGGUCUCCACCAACCUUGCGUUACAUAAACUGCAGUAUCACAAAUUGUCCACUAGAUGGACACAAGGUUCAUCAAUAUUGACAUUGUUGUCACUGGAACACAAAAGGACAAAGAUGGCAUGGGAAUCUCUAAAUGAUUUAAAUUGCUUCUUUUGGGAAUCAGUAUUUUCCCCAGUGAGGGGAUAUGUUCUUAUUGGAAUUAUAAAGGGACUUUUGUCGCCUUUUUACUUAGCAAACAUUUGGGCAAAGCAUGGGUGCAUUAUAUAAAACCUAUUAUCACUAACAGGAAAGUAGUGUUAACUGUUAAUUUGCCCUGACCCCCAGCCCUAAACCAUUUUACAUUUGAUUUUUUUUUUAUCCUUGGUUUUCUAUAAAAGAGACUGUAUGACUACCAGGGAAAUCAGGCUUUUGUUGCCUCCAGUAUAAUUUUCCCAUGAUGUAAUGGACUAGUUUUAAGAGCAAGGGAUGUACUCCGUAAUGUUAAAGUUGUGCCCCUCCACAUUGACUACACAGGAUUUAUGUGUACGUGAUCCCAGGACACUAGGGGUGGCACUGGGUUUUUUGCAGGACUUUGUAAUAAUAUCCCCUGUGGGCCCUGUUUUCUUUGCUAGCAGCCUAAAUAUUUCUGUAUCACAUCCUGCGGGCAUAAGCGAUCCAACGUCUACCAACAUCCUGUUUGCUGGCUUGACGGGGUGCUUAGGAAGCUUUUGAUUUCAUCCACUGACAUAGGGUGUUGCUGAACAUAUUAACAGCCUUAAGGACAAGAGGUGUUCCCAUCAUAAACAUUCAAUCUGCCCCAUUGUGCCACUAACAAUCUAUGCAGAAAAGAUGUCUGUCCCUGUGCUCUGCCCUUUUCUGCUCACACAGGGAAAUGUUUCAUCACUCAGUUUUAGUUUUCUAAGCAAUAGCAGGGUAUCUAAUUGGGGAAAGAGCUGGCAACAGACUUGUAUGUAUAAGGGUGGUUGCCGCAGCUGCGCUAAGUGGUUCCCGACGUAGAUGAUGGCACUACUGUUGCUUGUGCGUAACAUGGCAUAGGUUAGUAGCAGAUGUGUGAGCAUAAAGCUACACCUUGGCAUUUAUACCAGGAUAUUAGUAGUGCAUGUCAAUUGUGAGAGGGAGGCUACUGGUAUUGUUGCUGCAUAGAUCUGUAUCGUUAAUACUUUUCAUGGUCUCUAAGAAACUAUAUAUGGUUGACACUGGCACUACCCAUGCUGUACCAUGUCUAAAUCAUUAUGUGUAAGUGUGUGCGGAGCUUCUAAUGUACCUGUUCUGUGUAUACAUAUCAGGUUUGGCUGAGUAUUUACAUACUAGGGCAGGACUGGCACUGCCCCUGGUUUGUGCUAUUCUGAGGCUUCGUCAAAGUUAGUGUUACGCUAUCACCAAACUAUAUCACAAAUGCCCCUGGCCUUGUGUAGUUACACUUACAGAGAUGCCCCUUCCUGUGCAUUUAUUGAACACACACUCUGCCUUGUCUCUCCUUUUGCACUAAAGUUUCCUUUAUAUCUUCUUUUUGAGUCUGACUUGUAAAUAUUAACUUAUAUUCAUGUAAAAAUCAUUCAGAGAAACAUUAAUAUAUUUUUACCCCUCCACUUUUUUUCAUUAACCUCGCUAUUGCCAGAGACCUGCAAUUUAGGAGGCACUUAUUCUGAUCCAUAAUAACCCUGCUGGACUCUAUAAUAGGAAGUGUUGUUCUCCAAUUCUGGUCAUUGGUGCUGAAAAGGUUAAUUUAAAAAAAAAGGAAAAUAUAUACAGUGUUUUAUACAAAGGUUCAUAAUGUGUAUUUAACAGUUUCCCUCACAAUAUACAUUUUUUUUUUCUGGUUAUAUAAGAUUCUAUUCUUGCAAUGGAUUCCUUCAUUUCUUAAAAGCUGAAGAGUCCAGUAGAUUGCCCAGUCAUUAUAAUGAUCGAAUAUCAGUGUUUUUCACAAAAUCUUCUAUUAUAUUAUUGUUAUUUGUUUGUUUGGGGCAAGCAGAGAGCUGCAUGAGUGUAACUAAUGAGAGUUUAUCUGUCCAUUGUUCUUUCCUUGUUUGUCUUUUUUAAUCAAUGUAAAAAAUAAAUUUCCUUUUUUUCUUUGUU